AGCUCAACCUAACUACUCUCAACUAUAUAUCAAGGCAGCUAGACUGUAGCUAGCUGUGGAUUGCAUACAAGCUAGGCAGCCGUGUGUGUGUGUGCGCUAGCGAUAGCUGUAGGGAUAGAUCGAUCUAUCGACCAUGGGCAUGGGGUACGAGCUUGCCGUGAAGCAGGCUCUUGUUGUUAGCAUCGUGCUCGGCGUCGCCGUCGCCGGCGUAGAGCCGAGCAAGAAGAUGAUGCGGCUCCGGCAGGUGCCGGCGAUGUACGUGUUCGGGGACUCGACGCUGGACGUCGGCAACAACAACUACCUGCCUGGGGAAGGUGUCCCCAGGGCCAACAAGCCCUACUACGGCAUCGAUUUGCCUGGCUCCGGCAAGCCCACCGGAAGGUUCAGCAACGGCUACAACACCGCCGACUUCGUCGCAAAGACUCUAGGAUUUAACAAGAGUCCUCUGGCUUACUUUGUGCUCAAAGCACACGAUAAGCUGAUUCCGAGCGCAAUCACAAGAGGAGUAAGCUAUGCAUCGGCAGGAUCUGGGAUCCUGGACUCCACUAACGCUGGAGGCAACAUCCCGCUGUCGCAGCAGGUGCGGCUUUUCCAGUCGACCAAGGCCGAGAUGGAUGCCACGGUGGGCCCCGGAGCAGUGACCAGCCUGCUCACCAGGUCCUUCUUCCUCCUCGGCGUCGGCAGCAACGACUUGUUCGUCUUCACGACGGAGCUGGCCAAGCAGAACAGAUCGGCGACGCAGAGCGACAUCGCCGUCCUCUACGGCAGCCUCAUCUCCAACUACUCGGCCGCCAUCACAGAGCUGUACGAGCUUGGCGCCAGGAAGUUGGGCAUCAUCAACGUGGGCCCUGUCGGCUGCGUGCCGCGCGUGCGCGUGCUCAACGCGACGGGCGGGUGCGCGGACGGCAUGAACCAGCUCGCCGCCGGCUUCGACGCCGCGCUCGAGUCCCUCCUCGCCGGGCUCGCCGCCAAGCUGCCGGGCAUGGCCUACUCCCUCGCCGACUCCUUCGGCCUCGCCGCCCGCACCGACCAGCUCGCGGCGGGGUUCGUCAACGCCGACAGCGCCUGCUGCGGCGGCGGGCGGCUCGGCGCGGAGGCGGACUGCCUGCCCGGCGCCACGCUGUGCGCCGACCGCGACCGCUUCCUCUUCUGGGACCGGGUGCACCCUUCCCAGCGGGCCGCCAUGCUCAGCGCGCAGGCCUACUACGACGGCCCGGCCCAGUUCACCAAGCCCAUCAACUUCAAGCAGCUGGCACAGGCACAAGAGUAGUUGAUUUUCCAAAGACGGCCCGUUGAGGAUUUGUUUGUUUUAUUACUACAUUAUAAUUAAUCUAAAAAAAUACUACUACAUUAUAAUUCGUA